CCAAUGUCUCCUUUUUAAAGGUGUUGUUUAAGCAUUGUCAGCUGUCAAGUGUCCCAUCUCUGGUUAUGCUGUUACUCAUUCCCAAACAGUCGAACCUGAGGAUGGAGUACAAAUGUACUAUGAAGCGACCAUAACAGAAAAUUGUGUCAGAUUCACUUCAGCUUCAAUGCCGAAGGGAUCAAAUGGAUUUGAGUGCCAACAAAACCUUUCUAUUGCUACGAAACCCCCAUUAAUAACAAUAACAGAUUGGCGCCAAAUUCAAAAUGACUUCUGAAGAUUUUGACUUGUCCCAAGUCAAAGUCCUCAAGGACAACUUAAAGAGGCCCUCGGGCCCCCAAAUGUCCAUGCAGACCGUGUGCCCCAUCUGCAAGUUCAAGUCCAACGACAAGCAUUGCUUCCACUAUGGAGGGGUGAGCUGUUACAGUUGUCGAGCGUUCUUCCGCAGAGCUCACCAAGGCACCAAGGAACCUUCCUUCAAAUGCAAGCGGAACAAUCAGUGCGAUAUCACGGAGAAGACCAGGCGAAAAUGUCAGAAGUGCAGAUACGAGUUGUGCUUGAACGCCGGGAUGGAUCCGUCCCUGGUCUUGGACGACGACCAAAAGAAGGUCCGGUUCCGGAACUACUUGCGGAAGAAGAAGAACAACAAUGUCAAGCCCGGUUUUGAUGGCAGCGAAGAGAGUCCCUCUGUGGAUGGCGAGUCUUCAGCGAGUCCUCUGACAUUGUCGCAAAUUGCCCCGUUGGAACCUGCCAAAUCCGGAGGUUCCCCACCUAUGUAUGACUAUGUUCUUUUGAACGGGCCCGGCGCUAACUUUAACUACCCGACCACUGCCCCUGGGGUGGUUCCCAUGGACGAGACCAAAGACUUGGAUGUGAACGAGAAGUCCAUGGACGAGUUGGUGGACUCAAUGCAACAAAUCUACUUUUUAGCCAUGGCUCAGAUCCACAUUUCGCCCAAGUUCAUCCAAGAUCUGGUGGAAUUUCACUCCAGUGAGAAUUCCAACUUGUCCAAGUUUGACUUUGGCGAGCACAUUUUUCGGAUUGGCACGCACUUCAAGCAAUUCGCUCACAAUCAAAAACAUUUCAAGGCCUUGGGACGGGCGGAUCAGUUGUCUUUAUUGGAGAAGAACACGUCCUUGUUCGUCCUGUACAUCCUUGCUCAAUACUUCGGGGCCUUCACGGGCGAAGAGCAACUCCAAUGGCUUUUGGACGUCAACAUGCCCCAGAACUAUUCGAACUCCAAGCCCCAGCAGAUCAGCUUUCCGGUCUUUAAUAAGCGAUUAGGAAUCUUCAAGCCCUCCGUCUUUGAUAAAUCAGUGAGCGAUAGUGAUUUUGAUGUACACGCGCAAAAGAUUGCCAAAGUUGGAAUCACGCUUCGGUUUUCGGGCAUUGUGGCCAAUCUGAUCCUCUUCAACAAUGGCACCCAAAUGCACUUGGACCAUCGGCCCUCCAUUCAAAAACAGUUUGACGAGGCCCUGGAUCUCUUGCGACACGCCCACCAACAGAUCGACUCUCACAUCUCUUUGCAGGAUAUCCUUUCCAUGAUCCGCAACCUGGACCACCUCCAGGGCGUGUUCAACACCAAUGCCGAUUGGCAAACCGAGUGUGGAUCCGACAGUUGUCCCAAUCUCCCUUACAUCGACCUGAAGCUUCCCUACACCAAAGAAGAGGAGAGCUGGGUCGAGCAACAGGUCUCCUGGUUCCAGGAAGCAUUUGUGUCAAUGCCCAUUGCCAAGGAGCUGAUCCAGGACUUUUUUAGCUACACCUUUCAUAAUACCAUUCCCCCCCGGAUCAUCAAGGAGGGCUACCAGUUCUUCAGCGACCGCAUGAGUCGCUCCAUGCACCUUCACCAGGAGUUUGUCGAGCUCACUCCACAACAAAAGAAAGAUCUCUGGAGAUGCAACUCCAUGAACGCCAUGGCCAUUUGCUUUGCCCGCCUUGAAGCCUGUGAUCACGGCUACGGGCAGGCCAAGAUCCUCUUUGGUGGCCUCGCCGAUGAGAACUCCAUCAAGCAACGCAUCAUGGCCUUUGCCCUACCCCACCUGAUCAAGAAGUGCAGCGUCCGACAAGUCAACAAGAGCAUGCCCGUGCUCAACUCGGAGGAGGUGGAACAGUAUUGUGCCGUGGUGGAACGCAUGAAGAAGGUCCUACUCGACGACCUCGCGUUCAAACUGAUCCUGAUCAUUGUGUUGUUCCAGGGGGAUUUCGCCAAGGACAGUCCUUUGGCCCGCAAACGAGAUGCAUACACCAAGUUCCUCGAGAGACGCCUGCGGAAACAGGGUCUCUUGGGGCUCCUCGAGGAGCAGGUCAAGAAUUCAAACGAGGAGCUCGUUGGGAUCAAAGUGAUAAUGCAGACCAUCUGGAGAAUGAGGCCCCUCAUCUACAAGCUGAACAACACCGUGAUCCAACUCAAUCAUAUGAGUACUUGAGACAGGACCAACGAUGAUUCUGCUUGUGUCGCUGGUUACUGCAGGUUUUAUUAAGAAAAUAAACACAUCUAAAUAUUCA